AUGAAUCAAAUAGCUAUGGAAAACCACAGUUCAGUGACUAAGUUCAUUCUUAUGGGACUAACAGACCAACCUGAGCUCCAGCUGCCCCUGUUUGUGCUGUUCCUGAUGAACUACGUAGCCAUAGUGGUGGGAAACAUGAGCUUAAUGAGUCUCAUCAUUCUGAACUCCUCGCUUCACACUGCCAUGUACUUUUUCCUUUUCAAUUUGUCCUUCAUUGACUUCUGUUAUUCCUGUGUCUUUACCCCCAAAAUGCUGAUGAGUUUUAUUUCAGAGAAGAAUACCAUCUCCUUCUCAGGCUGCAUGACACAAUUCUUUUUCUUCUGCUUUUUUAUCAACUCAGAGAGUUAUGUGCUGACUGUCAUGGCCUAUGAUCGCUAUGUGGCCAUCUGUAAGCCUUUGCUUUACAAUGUUGUCAUGGCACCUGGGAUCUGCUGUCUAUUGAUAGCUGUUUCAUACUUGAUAGGAUUUGCUACUGCUGUGAUCCUCACAGGCUUUAUGUUCAGGCUCAGCUUUUGUGAAUCUAACAUCAUCAACCAUUACAUGUGUGACCUCUUCCCUGUCCUUCAAUUGUCCUGCACUAGCACCUAUGUUAAUGAGCUUGUGAAUAUUGCUGUGGUUGGUACAGCUAUCAUUUUAUGUACCAUCAUUAUCUUAGUUUCAUAUGCUAUGAUCAUUCUCAGUAUCAUUCAGAUGUCAUCAGCUAAGGCUUGGUCCAAAGCCAUGGGCACCUGUGGGUCUCACAUUAUAACUGUCAGUCUGUUCUAUGGAUCUGGUCUCCUUGCUUAUGUCAAUCCACCAUCUGCUGAAACUGUCGGCCAGGGGAAAUUUUUCUCAGUAUUUUAUACUUUUUUGGUGCCUUUGUUGAAUCCUCUCAUCUACAGCCUCAGGAACAAGGAUGUUAAACUUGCUGUGAAAAGAACCAUGAAGAGAAUCACCAGCUGA